AUGUAUAAUUCAGGAUCGUCAAUGAAUGAAAUUGAAAUACCAACUCCAAAUAGAUAAAACAAUUCACAAUUCCAAUCAGAAGGCGAUAAUGCUGAUCUACAAAAUGAUCUUUAUCCAGUAAUUAAAAAAGCAGAUUCUCAUGAAUCUCUCAUUCCUAAAGAUUAAGUUUCACCAGGAAAAUAUCAAAAAAUAAUGUAAGCUUUAGACAUAAUUGGAAUGCUUGGACUAUUAGUUUAUUGCAUUUUAAUACAGUCUUAUUAUUCAACAUAUUAUUUGAUAUGUUUACUUUUGAUAUUAAAUUACUCAUAUAUUAGUAGCUAUAAAGGUGUUCAAGUAAGAAAUAGUAAGCUUUAUACAUUAACAGAAUUUGCAUCCUAAUAAGAAUAGUUUCAUAAUACCAAUUAAAAUUAAGAGCAAUCUGAAAAUACAUUUAUAACUCAAUAUUGGUUGGUUCUUAAUGAUUUUAAGAAACCUAUUUGGUAAAGUUUUGUUAUUGUUUCAGCACUAUCUUUAAUUGUUAAGCUUGUAUUAUAUCCUAUAGCAAAAAAUGGAGUAAUUAAAAAUAAUAUAGUAAGGGUUAUGAAAUGAUGUCAAUUGAAAAUUUCAGUGGACUUGAAGUUUAUUUCACAGUUAUCAAUGGAAAAAUCACUGUAUCUUCUGCAGAACAAGGAUUAGCAUUUGCUCCAAAUUGCAUAAUGUUAGCUUUGGCCAUAAUUAUUCUAACUUUUAGAAAUGUAUAAAUUAAACAUGAAUUCCAUGAAUUAUCAGAUAGUCCUAUUUUGACGAAAUUUUUUAUUGUAAGAAUUUAAUAAUUUAUAUUUAGCUAUUAAUGUUACUUAAUCUAAUUAUUUUAACUUGUUGUACUAAAUCUUUGAUUGGUCUUAUUAUGUGGAGUUUUUAAUUGGUAUUACUAUUAAGAAUGUAUCAGAAUCAAUUAGUAGAUAAACUGUAUUUUAUCAUUUUAAAAAUUGUAAUUAUGGUAAUAUUAGUGGUUAUGUUUUUCAUCAGUACACCAAUAAAAAAGGUUAUUCUAUAAAAUAAUCAAGCAGCCUCAUUUACUUUAUAGUUUACAGGGUUUUAAUUAUUUGGAUAUUUUUCAAAUUAUGAAGCCUAAGCCAUUCUAUUUAUAAUCUUUUCAAUUAUUGUAUUAAAUAUGCUUUGUAUAGUUAAUGAAAAGAUUAAGACUUAGAAUAUCAAAAAUCAAUUUAAUUACACAAUAGCUGAAAUCUCAUAAUAAUAUGAAGAUUUUAAAUAAUUUUAAACAUUGAUUAAAAGCUAAAUGGAGAAUAUUUCAAUAGAUAUUGAUGAUUCCCCUAAAUAAAAGAGAGAAAGUGGAAAAGAAGAUGAAUUAUCAGACUCAGAUCAAAUUGAUUUAGAAGAAGAAAAGGAAAUUUCAGAUGAAAAUAAUGAUGAAUCAAAAGAUAAUAUUAAACCAAAUAGAAUUUCAAAUUUCAUUUUAGAUUAACAAAUUAAUACAUCAUUUUAUAUUAAUAAAAUAGAAAGAGUAUGGUAUAAUUCAUUAGAAAAUAUAAAAAAUACUAUUGAUAAACCUUUGGUCUCAUUAAUUAUUUUACAAAUAUUGUCUUUGAGUAUAGUCAUACUUCAAUAGACAUAUUUUUCAAUUUUAUUAGUAUGUUGGCUUAUAUUAACAGGAUUUACAUUAAAUUUUAGAAUAAUUCGAUAUGCUACAAUAUUUUGUAAUAUUCCAUCUUUAUUGAUCAAUUUCUUUACUUUUUAUUACAGUAAUAUAACAGGAUUAGAUAGACCUGAUAAUUUCUAUUAAUUUUGUCCUUCAAGUCAAUAUAAAAGUAUAGAUGAAUUACCAAUAACUGUUUGUUAAAAACUUGGAUUCUUUUAGUAAAAUAAUUCAGCUGUUAAUUCAAUUCUAAUGAAUUGUACUUUAUGUUUAUUUUUUUUGUUCAUUAAAUAAAUAGAAGAGUAAGAGGAAAAAGAAAAAUAAAUUAAAACUGUUUCUUAGGAAAUUGAUGUAUUGCCUAAAUGGUUUAACAUUUUUUUAGCAUUUUUCUUUAGAAUAAGCUUUUUAAUGGUAAUUGUAUUAUUAUAUUGGGUUGGUUUCAAUGAAAUCAAUAUAAUUUAGUUUAUAAUGAUUUUCCUUUUAAUAAUUUUUAUUGUUAAUUAAUCAAAUAAAUGUGAAUAUAAAGGUAAACGUAUACCUUUUUAAUAAAAAUAUUGGAUAAUUCUAUUGGUUUACAUGAGUGUUCUUACUUUAAUAAAAUAUUUAUAUAUAUUAUUUGGAGUUUAUUAGAGUUAUUUUGUAGUUUAAAUAUUAGGACUUAAUAUGUUGAAUAAAUAAUUAGUAUUGAAUUGGCUUUUGUUUUAUUUGACAAUAAUUUAAUAUUAUGGAUUUAAUACUAUAUUAUAUGAUCGAUAUUCAAAUGUAAAACAAAAAUCAUAUUUUAGAGAUUAAUUGCUACUAUCUCAUAAGUUGAGGGUGUUAAAGACAAUCUACCUAAUUUCAGAUAUCAUUUUGGAAUUUUGGAAACAAUUUAUGGGCAUUCAUUAAUAUGGACAGCUUAUGUAGUUAAUAUAUGCUUUUUAUUAUUCACUCCUUACAGUUAUUUAAAUAAUUUAUUACUUUUAUAUAUAGGAAUUGUUUUCUUAUAUCAUGUUAAAUCAAUAAAUUUUAAAAUUAAUUACAUAAAAUUAAGAUUAUUAUGGUAUAUUUAUAUGUAUUUAUUACUGAUAGCUUUUGCAUAUAGAUAUCUUUUUUCAUUUUUGUAAAUUAUCAUUAAAUUUAUUAGAUUAGUUGUGUUCCAGAUUUAAAUGAUAAAUCAGAAGGAUUUUAAAGAUUUUAUGAGAAUCUCUAAUUAUAUUAUUAGGAAGCUGGCUUAUAUGCAUAUUCUACAGAUAAUUUAAGAAUAGAAUAUUUGGCUGAUACUUUAAAUAUAUUGUUUGGUGCUUUUGCAUUGAAUUAAUUAUCAAAAUUUAAGAAAUUAUAAAUAAAAUAAGAGAAUUAAAAUUUAAGUGAAUCUAGUUCAUAAAAUGUUUUAGAUUUGAAGAUAUUAGAUUAAUAGAAAUGGCUUAAAUCAAUUUUGAUUGGAAUUGCUCAUAUUAAUACUGAUUUAAUUACAAUAUAUAUUGUAAUAUCUUGUGUACUGUAUUUAAGAUCAAUAGCUGCAUUCAUAUUGUUGACUUUAUAUUUAAGUUAUUUUUAUAGAGUACAUAAUAAAAUUUUAGAUAUUCUUGAAGAAUAAUAAAGCUUAUCAAAACUAUAAACAUGUAAAAAUUUAUAAUGAUUUAGAAAUUUAUUUAUUGAAAUAAUUAUAUCUUUAGUUUGCUUCAGAUAUAUCUCAUAUUGAUGAACCAAAGAAAAUUAAAAGAUUGAAUGAUGAAAUUAAAUUAUUACGCUUAAAUACUAGAAUCAAACUUAAAAGAAAUAUAUGGUUAUAUUCCUUUUAUUUUACUGCUUUUUGUAUUUUCCUUUCAUAUUUAUCUUAAUUUUUAUCAACUGAAUCAUUUACAGCAAUUGUUGAUCCUCCAUUAUGGGUUGAUUAUACAGUUCUUAGUUUUUUUAUAUUUGGAACAUAUUCAAGAUAAUAUAUAAUUACAAAUUAAUGUUAUUGUGGUUAUGAAUCAAAUAAUAAUGAUUGUAAUGAGAAUAAUUAUGUUUAAACUGAAUCAAAUAUGUGGUAGGUUUCAUGGUUUUAUUUAUUUUUAUUGUUUGUUAAUGUUAUUGAUACUGCUUGUACAAAGAUUUUAGAAGAUGAUUUAACUAAAAGUAUAGAAAAUUUAUAAGAAACUUAAGAAUUGAAUUAAAUUGAGGAAUCAAGAAUUUAAAAUUAAUCUUAUGAAGAAAGUAAAGAAAUAUUUGAUUAAAAAUAUGAUUUUAUCAUUUUUGUUAAAAGUCAUAGUGAAUAUAAUUCAUUUGAUAGAGAAGUGUUAAUUUUGAAUUACUUUAAAAAUAAAAGUAGAUUUGUUAAGAUUUUACUUUAUGAAUCAUUAUUUAAGAUAUUUUAAAGAUUCCUUAUUUUACUUUAUUUAUCAAAUACUUUACUUGUUAAUACUAUAUUUUCAUUAUUCUACUUAAUAAUAUCUAUUAUUUUAUUUUAAAUGAGUGCUACUGUUAAAAAUACAAAAAUGUUAAAUUCUAUAGCAAUAUUUUCAAUCUUAUUUUAAUAUUUCCUUUAUUUAUUAAAUUGGACUCCAUCAAAAGAUGAUAUUCCUUAAUUGAACAAUCUUAAUAUUUCUCCAGAAGAUUUUAAUAUAAUGGCUAAAACAAAUUUAUCUGAUUAUUGGUUAGCCUUUUUAGGAUUUGAAAGUACAGAAAUUAUGGAUUGUGAUUAAUUAAAUGAAAGUGCUUUUAAAAAUAUGAAAUGUGAAACUAAUAAAUUGUUAAAUAUUGUUAUUGUAUUUAAUUGUCUUAUAGUAUCCUUUAUUUAUUUAUAUUUUUUAAUGCUUGAAUGGUUUUGUAAUCAAAUUUAUAGAUAAUCAAUUAAAAUGAAGAAUGAAUAUAUUAUUUGUAAAAAAGUACUUACUAAUCACAAUGAUAGUUAGAUUGUUAUUACUUAUAAUCUAUGGAGAUAAAAGAAUUAUAGUUUUAGACAUGUAUUGAUAUAAACAAUUACUAUGAAUUAUCAUUUAAUUCUCUUUGGAUUUGUAUUGUUAUUAUGUGAAAUGAAUAGAUCAAUUUUUAAUCUUUUUUAAUUACUUAUAGUUAUUGGAUUUUUAUACGUAGCAGAAUUCCAUUUUAAAUGGCCUUAUGCAACUACUGAAAGAAGAAAAAUUAAAGCCUUUUAUCAGGCUAUAUUUACAUUAUCUGCUAUUAUAAUUGCUCUAUUUACUUUAUUGAAAGUCCCAACCUUUUUGGAAUAAUGUGUUAAUACUUCAUAAUUUAGAAUAGAUGUAGGAAAUGGAUUGGAGUUUUAUUGUAUGGAAGCAUUUAGUUUAAAAAUUGAUGGAUAGAUAUUCUUAAUAUUCUUUAUAUCAUUGUAUUUUGAUUUAUAGUAAUCCAAUCAUAUGAAAACUACAUAAGUUAAUUAUUAAUAAAAAUUAAAAUUAAGAUCUAAAAUGGUUUCAAGAGGUCUUGCCUAUAAUUAUAAUUAUUUAUAAUAUAAAUAAAUAUUGUAAUUGUAAGAAGAGAAAAACAUAUUAAAUCAAAUAUCAGAUACAAUAGAAAAGAAGAUGAUAAUUUGGAAGAAAAGAGUAAGGGAAAUAUAGUUGAAAUAAUUAGAAAAAGAAAAUUCACUUAAUAUUCAAUAAUAAUAAUAUCCUCAAUUAACUGCAAGCUUUAUGACUGAACCAGAAGUUUAAAUACCAACAGACUAAUCAUUUUUUAGGAAAAUAUACAUCAAAAUGAUUAUUUGGAUGAGAAAUGAUAAUUAAUAAAUCAAAUUUAUGCCAUUUCAUAUUUUAAUGGAUUACAUUCUUUAAUAAAAUAAAAGACUAUAAAGACAUGUAUUUAUCAAAAUUGAGAAUCAUUUGAUGAAUGAUACUACAAUUUAUGAGGAAGAAAUAAAAACACUUGAAAAAAUAUACAGAAGAUUUUAUCAAGAGAUUGGUAAUAAUAAAGAUAAAUUAAAUGAUAUGAUUUUGGAUAUGAUUAUUUAAAAAGCUAUGGAAAAGUAUAAGAAAUUGUAUAAACCUUAUAAAGGUUAAUAAUAUAAUAAAUAUUUGAAUUAAUAAUAAAUAAAUUAUUAAUUAAGUAAAGAACUUAGAUUUGUACAUAUUGUAGAUGAAAAAGAGAGAAUAAUUUUAGAGUAAACUAAAUAAAAAUAUCCAAUAAAUAAGUUAAUUUAAAUGAAAACAUUAAACUUAUUUAGUUUAUUUUUAUAAGAUAUUUUUAAAUAUUGUUUAAUAAAUUGGGAUACAAUAACUAAUAUAAUAAUUAUUUGUUAUUAUUUCAAGAAUUAUGCUCUUUUAGGAAUGAUAUUGCCAAUAAUUAUGUUUGUUUGGGGUUUGAUAGAUGUAAAUUCUAAGAUAUUUUGGAUAAUAUCAUAUUCAUUAUACUUUUUUAUUAUCUUAAUGAUAUUUGUUGAUUCAAUGUAUGGAGUAGCUUAUAGUAAGUCAGAUAUAUCUGAAUAAUAUAUUCCAUGGUAUUAUAUAUUAGAUAAUAGUAAUACAUUUGGAUUGUUUUAUGAAAUAUUUACUAUUUGGUUAAUUACAUUUUAAGUAUUUUUGCAAAAGUCUUUUGGCAUAUUUGAUUUCCCUUUUACUUAGAUUGAAAAUAUCUUUUAAGGUUAUAUUAGAUUGAAAUUAAACAAUUUUAAUAAAGAUAUGGUAGAAGAGAUAGUAUAAGAAUCAGAAGUAUAAAGAUCAAGAUCAAAGUCAGAAAUAGGUAGAAUUGAGAAUCCAGAAAUAGAGAGAAUUGAAUUGGAAAAUUAAAUAUAAGGAAGAUCAUAUUUAGAAAAAUCAGGGAUGGAAGUUGAACCUGAAAGUAUAAUGUUAUAAAUAGGUAAUGAUUUAGAGAGAAAAAUUGCAGCAAAUCCUGAUAUCUUAAGUGAUAAAUAUUAACCUGGAUUUUUUGAGAAAAUAAUGUCUUAUGAAUAUGCAAGACCAGGAAAAGAUCUUUAUUUAUAUAUAGCUUUUAUUUAAGUAAUCUUAUUUUUGUAUAUGCUAUUUUUUUUUAAUUUUAUGAUGGGAAAAUAAUAAAGUAUUGAAGGAUAUUUAAAAUAUAAUUAAGUACCAGCUCAAUUAGUAUUGGCAUUAGUAUUUUAAAUGUUAUUUAUGAUGGUUGAAAGAUAUAUUGAAUUAAGAGGAGAUUAAAAAUAUAUUAAUGCUAAAGAAAAAACAGUUUAUAAAAGUAAAUACAAAACUUAGUUUAUUUAAAAGUAUAUAUUACAAGUAGUUAUUCUAUCAUUAGUAUACUUUUUUGUUUAUUGCUAUUUGUUGAAACUUUGGAGCAAAACUACAGAGAACUAUGAAGAAUAUAAUACAUCUAUUGUAAUAUAUUUUAUUUUAUUUUGUGCUUAUUUUUAUUUAUCUUCCCUUUAACUUAGAUAUGGAUAUAGAGAAUUGAAGGUAAGAAAUCAAUUUUUAUAUGUGUAUAAUUCAAUUAGUUAUUAUUUUGCAUUAAUAUUGUAUUCAAUUCCAUUUUUAUAUGAUUUAAAAGUAUUGAUGGAUUGGACUUGUUUAAAUACAUCACUUGAUAUUUAUUAAUGGUUUAUUCUAGAAGAUAUUUAAAGAUAAAUGUUUUUUACUAAAAUAUCUUCACAAAAAGUAAUGAAAAGAUAAUUAGGAUUAUAAAUUUCAAAGAUUAGUAAAUUAAUUUACUUUUUCUUUGUUAUUUUUAUAUUAAUUUGUAUUUUAGGUCCUUUAAUUUUGUUUUCUGCUCUUAAUCCUGCUACAUAAAAUAAUCCUAUUGUUAGUGGAACUUUCGAAAUUAAUUUAGUUAAUGUAGACACCAAUUUAAAUGUUCAAUUUUAUGAAUCAAGUCAAUUAUUUGGUUUAGAUUUACCUAUUAUGAGAGAUUAUGAUGAAAUUAAAGCUUUAAUUAAAUAAGAAAAAAUAACUAAAUAAUAAAUAGAUAAUUCAGGAGGAAUCUAAAGAUUUUAAUUAUCAGACUUUUCAAAUUCAAAAUGGUAAGUCUCACUUCCACUUUAUAAUUAAUUAAUUAGAGAAUUAAAUUAAACUAUAUCCUAAAAAGAAAACUAUAAUUUCAUGUUUAAUGUAACCUUUACUUUUCGAAGACUUUUCUAAUUUAUCUUACCAACCGUAUAUAAAUUUUCAUAUCCUUAUAAUCCUCUAAUAAAUGGAGAAAAUGGAACAGUAGGAUUAGGAAUAGAUUAACUCAAAUAUAUAAAACAUGCUGCAAUGGAUUGUGAUUCAUCAGGUAUUAUGUUACCAAAUUUUUAUAUUGAUGCUAUUAGAAUUUAUUAAAGUUCAGCAACAAAAUAUAAUACAACUCCUAUUUAUGGAAAGGAUAUUCAUACAGCAUAAAAUGUGUUUUUAAAUAUUAAUUGUUCUUAUGGAAGUACAAAUCCACUUUAAGGAGUAUCUAAUUGGGAAUUUCAAUAUGCUGGUAAUAAUAGCUUAUUUUCUAAUUCAUCUAAUAUAACUUUGGCUGAUGGAUUAUUAUAUUUUGUAAUUUGUGAUAAUUUUUCAGCCUUAACAUAUGGAUUGAGUGUUAUAACUAUUUAUACAACAAUUAUUCUUCUUAUUGCUAAAUGGAUUAGAAGCACAUUCUCUUCGCAAGUAUUUAUGUUAGAAUUUACAAAAAUGGUUUAACCAGAUGAUCUAUUAUCAAUAUGUUAGGCUGUAUCUGUAGCAAGGCAACUUUAAAAUUAUAGAAAGUAUAAUUUAUCAUCUAUAUAAUUUUUAGAGAAAAUUUAUUAUAUUUUGAGUUGAUUGAUAUCUUACGCUCUCCAGAAUUAGUGAAGGCAAUGACAGGUGCUUGGUCAGAAAAGUUUGAUUCUUAAUAAAAUAAUUAAAACCAAAUUGAUGUCAAAGGCUUAUAAAAUUAGAAACAGACUAAUGAAGAAUCAAAAUUAAAGUAAGACUGAUU